UGAGCAACCAGGCCUCCCAUGGCUUCUACUUCUUAAAUAGGGUUGGCCAAGAGAGGGCUGUGAGCCACAGUAGUGAGGGGGGCUCCAGAGCUCAGUGUUCCUGGCUUAUCUCUGUGAGUCUGGGGAGGAGGUCCCCUCUCCUUCCUGAAGGGUAGGUGAGACUUCCCUAUGCUAACCUCACAGAUGGACUGACACAGGGCUCCUGUUGCCUCUGGCUCCUGGUGGCUGACUGAGCCAAGGACUCUGACCCCACUGUGCCGUGGACCGGAGAGGAGCCAUGGAGUUCUGGACAAGGUGCAUUUUUCUUCUGCUGCUGCAGCUGCUGCCAGGAGGCCGUGGGGAUGUGUUGCCUUCAGUGUGUGGUCAUUCCCGAGAUGCUGGGAAAAUCGUGGGUGGCCAAGAUGCACCGGAAGGACGGUGGCCGUGGCAGGUCAGCUUGUGGAUAGCUGGAGAGGGCCACGUAUGUGGGGGCUCCCUCAUCCACCCAGGAUGGGUGCUCACGGCUGCCCACUGCUUCCACAGGUUUAAGGACCCUAACUUUUACCAGGUGAAGGUUGGUGGACUGACACUCUCCCUUCUGGAGUCCCCCACAACCCUAGUGACUGUGAGGAGCAUCUUUGUGCACCCCAGCUACCUCUGGGAAGACACAUCUAGUGGAGAUAUUGCCUUGGUGCAACUGGGCAAGCUUCUGAAACCCUCUCAAUUCUCUCCCGUCUGCCUCCCGGAAGCCCAAGCUCCUCUCACCCCUGGGACUGUCUGUUGGGUAACGGGCUGGGGCUCUACCCAAGAAAGAGACCUGGCGAGUGUCCUCCAGGAGUUAGCUGUUCCUCUCUUGGACUCCGAGGAGUGCGAGAAGAUGUACCACAUCCCGGAGAGCAGCCAGUCAGGGAAGCGAUUCAUCCAGUCAGACAUGCUCUGUGCGGGCUACGCAGAGGGCCAGAAAGACUCCUGCCAGGGUGACUCUGGGGGACCACUGGUCUGUGUCAUCAACAGUUCUUGGAUCCAGAAGGCAGAACUCAAGUCUGGCGAGGAUCUUGGUCUUUCGGAGCCGACUCUGCCCUCUCCUUUCAAGUGCCGAGCUGAUAAAUUCUGUUGCCUUGUGCCUCCCGAUAACUACCAUCCAGAAGUCAGCAAGACGAUGUGGGGUAGAACAGAAGAAAAGGCCUCAAUUUUGCCUUCCAGAUUUUUUUUUUUUUUUGUGGAGGGGGUUUAUUUUCUGAGCAAACUCUCAUAUAACUCGUACUGGACCUGGCUCACUGUGUAGCUGAAGAUGACUUUGAACUCCAGAUCACCCCGCUUUCACCUCUGGGAUUUCAGGGGUGUGCCACUAAGCCUUGUUUCAAUUCUGCAUUCCAUGUACCAGAUACGGGUAAACCUACCCCUGUAUCUAUCAACCCUCAGGAAGUCUCCAAACAAGAUCCUUCUUAGAUAGCAGCCUUAAUCUUUUUUUAAAUUUUUUUAAUAAUUUGUUUAUCUUUAUUUUAUGUGCAUUUGUGUCAAGGUGUCAGAUCCCCUGGAACUGAUUUUCAGACAGUUGUGAGCUGCCAUGUGGGUGCUGGGAAUUGAACCCCAGGUCCUCUGGAAGAGCAGUCAGUGCUCUUAACCACUGAGGCAUCUCUCCAGCCCCCCGCCUUAUCUCUUCAGACCGCACAGCCUGUUUCUAAGAUCUCCUCCGACCCAGGCUAAGCGUGUCUCUGAACAUCUAUGCAUCCCUAUGUGUGUCUCCAUGUGCAUGAGUUCUGUAGACCAACCUUAAUCCCCACCCUCCAGGGCUGCUUGUCUUCCUCAUCCACCUGCCCCCAACAACGGGUUACAGGAAAGAGCCGGAAACAGCACAGGAAAACCCAGUUCUGCAGACUGGUAUAGAUUGCAUGCAAACACGGUCCCCUUUGUCUUCUGUUAGUCUGGUUACCCUCCCACGAUGGUACUGCCGGUGGGUUUUGAAAAUGGGCCUUUCUGCUUAUGGUAGCAGGCAAGGAGGUGCAGGGCAAGGAUGAAGGUCAAGGAUGUGAUAGCUGGGGAUCGGUGGGUGCCCUGGGGAAGUUGGGCUGAUGUGGCACCCAGGUGACUCCUCUCAGGCACCCCUGCUAGCUGCACUGUCCGUAUAAUCUAGGUGCAGAUCUAGUGACAGGUUCCUUCUUGGACAGGUUGAAACAGAACUGCCCAGUUCCGUGUUGUGCAAGAGGAGGCCGCUCAAGGCCACAGAAACAACAAAUAGGCGCACCCUCCAAGGUCAGGUCAGAACAAGGAUAAGGAAAUGGUUACAAUUUAUUAAAAUGUUCCGGAAAACCCACAGUUGAUUUCUGUUCAAAGGUCAAGUCGGGGAAUGAUUGGCUGAGAUGAGGGACUGAACCAGGAACCAAGUGAGGAACAAUGGGGUUUCCCCAGCAGCAGCCCAGGGCUGAGGCUAUCAUGGCCUCCUCUUGGGACUGGGAGUGUGUUGGUGAGAGGUGAUUCUCAAGGACACUGCGGGGAGCCAGUGCCAGUGGUACCAUGUGUGGCUGGCUCCAGGUUUCCAGGAUGAAGGUGCUGAGGCCACUGGCACAGGGGGUAUGGGAGGUCCAUUCCCUUCAUGGUUUGGAGCUAGGCUGGUACCCACACAGGAGGCAAUAGAGGGAAGGAUUUGGAUUUCAGUAUCAUGCCCUCUUGGCCUUGGAAUUCUCAUCUGUAAAAUAAGAAUUAACCUCCCCAACAGGGUGCUUCUGACGAUUAAAUGAGUAAUAAUUGUGAAAGUAUGUGUGCGCUGUGGUACAUGCUGAGUGCAGGUCUGUUCUUCCAUCCAUCCUUCCAUCUACCCAUCAUCCAGCUAUCUAUCUGCUCACUGUCAUAUCCAUCCAUCCAUCCCUCCAUCCUCCGCUCACCUAUUAACCUAUAUGUCAAUGCAUCCAUCUGUUUAUCAAUCUGUUCAUUCAUCUUACUAUUUAUUUAUUUGUCCAUCCACCUAUCCAUCUAUCUACCUACAUACACAUUCACUUAGCCACCUACCCAUCGAUCCCCUCAUUCAAAAACUAACAAAUCAUAUCAUAGGACAAUUUCCUGCAUGAAUUCCCAGACUCUGCAGCAACACCGGCUCCCCAGCAGUCUUGCAUGGAUUCCCAGACCCUGCAGCAGCUCAGGCUCCCCAGCAGCAGUCUUGCAUGGAUUCCCAGACCCUGCAGCAAC